UGACUUUAGAGGUCGAUCAUGAUCGAUAAGUCUAACUUUAUCCUAACGAGCUGCUAACGACGCAAGGAAUUGCAUGACUGCGCUGUUAUUUCUGACACGGGUGUCGAUGAACGGCCAGUCUGGCAAGCCAGCACGCCACAGCCCAAUUCUUCGAAGGCCGAACUUUAAUGAUCUAUAAACACAGACAGCCACUCAUGUUUCUCCAGCAGCCUGACUGCUUGCUUGCUUCCCAAUAUGGUUUCCCUCUUCUAUCAGUCGCUCGAAUUCAUGACAUCGAUGCCACUCCAAUCAUCACCCUAUGAUCACUGCCGAUAUGCCCCUCCCAUGCAUUACCUGCCUGACAUGGAAUGGUCUGGAACCAACCAUCUAUUCGUCCUCUGUCUUUGCAUAUAUCCACACCUACCUAGCUUAUUCCUUCGCUUUCUCGAGCUUGUUGUACGUCCCAUCUCUCGUCCAGUCUUCCGCUGCUUCAGCCUUUCUCCUUUCUCCUAAUGUCUCGAAUCUGUAUUGUACUUGUGGAAUCUGUGCCAUGGCCCCGUUUUCUUUUCAUUCGCGAGUCCACUGUUUCUACAUUUUAUUUCAUGACCAGAUUCUUCUAUGGUUUUUGGAAUAUACUUCGCACUUAUGCACAAACGCUAAUAUCCCGCACUUUGCAUAUUUUGUACCACCCGUGCGCGCGCACGUCGGAUUCUUUAUUUUCUUCGUCUUUCCAUUCUCGUUACGUUCUGUUCAAUUGGAAUCUGGGGUUGGAUCUGAUCUGGGGACUGCUCUCCUUUCCGUGGUUUUUGUUUUGGGUGUCUCGUUCCGGCCCUGCUGCACUAUGUAUGUUGUUCCUGUAUUCACUCUAGGUCCAUGCAAUGCCGGUAUUCAAUCUCCUCAUUGCUCGUACAGGUUAUAGUGCCUCCAUGCACUGUUGCGCUGCCAUGCGUGUUGUGUGGUCUCCUCAGAUUCAUACGAAGUCCUCUCUUCUCUCUCCUGACUCACAUCGAUUCAAAGUCCCUUUCCCGCGCGCUUACACCGGUUAGUGUUCACUACCCCUGCAGUAACUACGUAUACUCCAUCUCGGGACAUCCGACAUUUGCGAUUGCACAGGCGGUCAUUGCAUCGAGGUCCCUCCCCUUGGUUUGCAGCAUGUACUCCUCAA